AUGUCUCUCGAGGUCUGUCCAGUAUAUGCUCCGUUCUUUGGAUUCGCUGGAGUAGCUUCAUCCAUGAUUUUCUCCACUAUCGGUGCAGCAUAUGGAACGGCUAAAGCGGGGAUCGGAAUAACUGGGUUAGGGAUUAUGAAGCCAGACGCCGUAAUGAAAUCACUUAUUCCUGUAGUCAUGGCCGGGAUCAUUGCGGUCUAUGGAUUGGUCGUUUCAGUUCUCAUCAUAGGCGGUAUGGAUCCUCGAAAACCGUAUUCACUCUUUGCCGGCUUCAUUCAUCUAGCUGCUGGCUUAUCAUGUGGGAUGACUGGACUGGCUGCCGGGCACGCUAUUGGCCUUAUUGGUGAUGCGUGUGCACGUGCAUUUCUUUUUCAGUCACGGAUGUUCGUCUCCAUGGUCCUCAUGCUAAUUUUUGCUGAGGUCAUUGGGCUAUAUGGAUUAAUUAUUGCACUGAUCCUAAAUACCAAAGCGUUCCAGGGCAAUUCAAUGUGUACAUAA